GGCCGGCGGCCCAGGUGGGCCUCGCUGCGGUGGGCUCGGGGACGGGGCCGCUGGGCCUGCCAGGCUGGGUGCGGGCACGGGGGCGGCGGCGCUUCUGAGUCUGUGUCCCCCGCCCCGUUCCAGAGCCGCUGGAGGAGGUGUGGCCUGCAGGCCCAGGCCACCUAAUGCAGGAUGGACGCUCGGUGGCGGGACUGUCGCGUGAACGCGACGAUGCCCCUGCGGCCCUCGGCACGAGCGAGCCCCGGAGGCAGGGCCUGGUGGGCACAGCCCCCCUACUGUUGAUGGAGACCUCGGUCAGCAUGAAGACUCCAGUGGGAUGAAGGCUCUGCACCCGCUACCGCGGGCCCGGUCAAAGGCCAGAGCAUCCUAUGUGGACGAGACGCUGUUUGGAAGCCCAGGCGGGUCCCGGCCCACCCCACCAGACUUUGACCCACCCUGGGUACAAAAAGCCCCUCGAAGUACAAAAGGGAGCCUGGAGGCAGCAGGUGGCGCCAAUGGGAGCUGCGCACCCCCCUCCUCCAGGGGCAGCACACCCACCCUCACCCCUAGGAAGAAGAACAAGUACAGGCUCAUCGGCCACACCCCGUCUUACUGCGACGAGUCUCUGUUUGGCUCCCGCCCUGGGGACACUCGCUGCAACACCCCGUGGCUGGCCAAGGGGGACACCGCGAAGCUCCACGCCCUCUGCUGGACUCCCCCAGCCACGCCGCCCCGGGGCGGCCACCCGCCCCGCCCCAGGGGGACCCCACUGCGCGCCGUUCACCCACCCACGACGACCAAGACAGAGCCGAGGGCGUCGACGGACUCUCCGGGGGUGCCAGCGCCCAGGCUGGGCUCUCCCCAGCCCCCGCGGAGGGGCCGUUCCCACUCUCUCACCCACCUGAAUGUCCCCAGCUCCGGGCAGACACCCUGGGCAUCCCCCCAAAAUGGGCCUGCGGGUCCCCGGCCUUUUCCGCGGGGGGUGACCAUCCAGAGUGCCCUGGUGACUCCCCGGGCUCGCUCAGCCAGCGUCUCAGUGCCCACCGCCCCCCGUCGAGGUGGGACCACCCAGAACCAGAAACCUCCUUGGAAAUGAGGUCUGAGUCCUGCUCCCGUGGGCUCUGGUGGGGGCCAGACAUCAGGGGGGCUGUGCCCCUUCUGCUGACAAUCUCUCUAUGCAGCUGCUUCCCCCCCUCAUGGAUUUGGGGGUACCCAGACUUGUCUCAGGCACAAGUUGUAUCAGAGUCAGCCAAGGGGCACGCCUCAGGGGCACAACCCACUCCAUUCUGCGGCUGUGGCCAAGGGUGGACGAGUGGCCAGGAGCUGAUGGCCCAGGAAGCCCCAGGCUCCCCCCUGUGGACCCCACUUCCGGCCCUGAGGCAUUUCCCGCUGAUCCAUGUGUAUUUCUCUUCAGGUAUUAAAUAGAUCCACUGGGGCCGGAGCCAUAGCACAGCGUGUAGAGCGUUUGCCUUUCAGGCAGCCCACCUGGUUUCGAUCCCCGGCAUCCCAGAUGGUCCUCCGAGCACCAGGGAGAGUAAUUCCUCAAUGCAGAGCCAGGAAUACCCCUGAGUGUCGCCAGGUGUGACCCAAAAGACAAAUAAAAAUAAAUAUAUCCAAGCACUGUAGCACCCCAGGUUCUACCGAUUGUGGUGGUUGUGUAGCUACUGAGGCCCCUGCUGU